AUGUCUUCAAGUACAUUGACUGAUGCUAAGGAUCCAGCUAAAGUUGAAGGUGGUGAACGAAUGAUUGUUAUCUAUUCUCUGAUAUUGGUUUUAGGAACCGUGUCUCUGGCCCAGAGUCGAAGACCAAAUAUUAGAACAAGAGAUACUCUUAGUGUUCUUAUCACUAGGAACUGGGAGCAGGAGAAAAAGAAGGGUCGCUUCCCACCCCCGCGCUGUGCCCUAUCGCCUCUCUGCUUGUCCAUCCCGAAACGGAGAGGUCCGUCCCGACUCCACUCUCCCGCCUUUGAGAAGCCGCACAGGCGGGCCGCAUCCUCCCCGUCCACCCGCUCUAUUUUGGGGCCCCAUGAUCUCAUGCCCUCUGCAGACCACACGCUGCAGUUCCAGACCAGCCCGCGCCGCGAGGCCACGCAAGUGUCCGGACGGUGCCCGAGGCGCGAGGUAGGCAAGGCUUGGAGGGGGAGGUUAAAGACACGCCCACGUGGAGGACCCAAAAUAACCGACACGCUGAGUGCCCGAAAUCAGACAGGAAGCCAAAUAAUCCGGGGCGUUGAGUUGCUUUCCCCUCACUCGCAGCGCCGGGCGGCGGGCGCCCAGCCAAGGGUCUGGCGGCGAGGGGCUGCCGAAGCGUCCGGGGAGCCGCAGGCGGCCGCGUCGCUGCUGGCCCCCAUGGACCUGGGGGAGGAGCCGCUGGAGAAGGCGGCGCGCGCCCGGCCGGCCAAGGACCCCAACACCUAUAAAGUGCUCUCGCUGGUAUUGUCAGUCUGUGUGUUAACAACAAUCCUUGGUUGUAUAUUUGGGUUGAAACCAAGCUGUGCCAAAGAAAUUAAGAGUUGCAAGGGUCGCUGUUUUGAGAGAACAUUUGGAAACUGCCGCUGUGAUGUUGCUUGUGUUGACCUUGGAAACUGCUGUCUAGAUUACCAGGAGACAUGUAUAGAACCAGAGCGGAUAUGGACUUGCAGCAAAUUCAGGUGUGGUGAGAAAAGGUUGUCCCGAAGCCUCUGCUCCUGUUCAGAUGACUGCAAGGACAAGGGAGACUGUUGUGUCAACCACGGAUCCGUGUGCCGAGGGGAGAAAAGCUGGGCAGAAGAAGAAUGUGACAGCAUUGAUGAGCCACAGUGUCCAGCAGGGUUUGAAACACCUCCUACCCUCUUAUUUUCUUUGGAUGGUUUCAGGGCAGAAUAUUUACACACUUGGGGCGGACUUCUUCCUGUUAUUAGCAAGCUGAAAACCUGUGGGACAUAUACUAAAAACCUGAGACCAGUAUAUCCAACAAAAACUUUCCCCAAUCACUACAGCAUUGUCACAGGACUUUAUCCAGAAUCCCAUGGCAUCAUUGACAAUAAAAUGUAUGAUCCCCAAAUGAAUGCUCACUUUGCACUUAAAAGCAAAGAGAAAUUUAACCCUGAGUGGUACAAAGGAGAACCAAUUUGGCUCACAGCUAAACAUCAAGGACUGAAGACAGGCACAUUUUUUUGGCCAGGAUCAGAUGUGAAAAUUAAUGGAAUUUUCCCAGACAUCUAUAAAAUCUAUAAUGGUUCAGUACCAUUUGAAGAAAGAAUUUUAGCCGUUCUUAAGUGGCUACAGCUUCCUAAAGAUGAAAGACCACACUUUUACACUCUGUAUUUAGAAGAACCAGAUUCUUCGGGUCACUCUUAUGGACCAGUCAGCAGUGAAGUCAUCAGAGCUUUGCAGAGGGUUGACAACAUGGUUGGCAUGCUGAUGGAUGGUCUGAAGGAGCUGAACUUGCAUAGAUGCUUGAACCUCAUCCUCAUUUCAGAUCAUGGCAUGGAACAAGGCAGUUGUAAGAAAUAUGUGUAUCUGAAUAAAUACUUGGGAGAUAUUAAAGAUGUUAAAGUUGUAUAUGGACCUGCAGCUCGCCUGAGACCCUCUGAUGUUCCAGAUAAAUACUAUUCAUUUGAUUAUGAAGACAUUGCCAAAAAUCUUUCUUGCCAGGAACCAAACCAGCACUUCAAACCUUACCUGAAACAAUUCUUACCCAAGCGUUUGCAUUUUGCCAAAAGUGACAGAAUUGAGCCCUUGACAUUCUAUUUGGAUCCUCAGUGGCAACUUGCAUUGAAUCCUUCAGAAAGGAAAUAUUGUGGAAGUGGAUUCCAUGGCUCUGAUAAUGCAUUUUCAAAUAUGCAAGCUCUCUUUAUUGGCUACGGACCUGGAUUCAAGCACAGCACUGAAGUUGACUCCUUUGAAAAUGUUGAAGUCUAUAACUUAAUGUGUGAUUUACUGAAUUUGACCCCAGCUCCUAAUAAUGGGACUCAUGGAAGCCUUAAUCACCUUCUAAGCAAUCCUGUCUACACUCCAAAGCAUCCCAAAGAAGUCCGCUCCCUGGUCCAGUGCCCCUUCCCAAGAGCGCCCAGAGAGAGCCUCGACUGCUCAUGUGAUCCCUCAAUUUUGCCAAUUGUGGAUUUUCAGACACAGUUGAAUCUGACCAUGGCAGAAGAGAAGGCUAUUAAGCGUGGCGCUCUACCCUAUGGAAGACCCAGAGUUCUCCAGAACAGCACUGUCUGUCUGCUUUAUCAGCACCAGUUUGUGAGUGGCUAUAGCCAUGACAUCCUGAUGCCCCUUUGGACAUCCUACACCAUCGACAGAAAUGACAGUUUCUUUACAGAAGACUUUUCCAACUGUCUUUACCAGGAUCUCCGAAUUCCUCUUAGUCCUGUCCAUAAAUGUUCAUUUUAUAAAAAUAACGCUAAACUGAGCUAUGGGUUCCUCUCUCCACCACAAUUACAUAAAGGCUCAAGUCAAGUAUAUUCUGAAGCAUUACUUACUACUAAUAUAGUGCCUAUGUACCAGAGUUUUCAAGUUAUAUGGCACUACUUGCAUGGCACCUUACUGCAGAAGUAUGCUGAAGAAAGAAAUGGUCUCAAUGUUGUCAGCGGUCCUGUGUUCGAUUCUGAUUAUGACGGACGUUAUGAUUCCUUGGAGACUCUGAAGCAAAACAGCAAAAUCAUCCGUAAACAGGAAGUUCUGAUUCCAACUCACUUCUUCAUUGUGCUAACAAGUUGUAAAAACACAUCCCAGACUCCCUUACAGUGUGAAAAUUUAGAUCCCUUGGCUUUCAUUUUGCCUCACAGGACUGAUAAUAGUGAAAGCUGUGCGCACGGGCAGCAUGAAUCUUUAUGGGUUGAAGAGUUGUUGAAGCUACACAGAGCUCGGAUCACAGAUGUUGAACACAUCACCGGACUCAGCUUCUAUCAAGAAAGAAAAGAGCCAAUUUCAGACAUUUUAAAGUUGAAAACACAUUUGCCAACCUUUAACCAAGAAGACUGAUACUUUUUUUUUAUUCCAAAAACAGGACAGUAAAUCAUUGUGAAAGAGCCUUCUGUUUUAUACAUCCUCUAUUUACACUGUUGCAUUGUUUGGAGACUGUUGACCAGAGUUAGAACUGGGAAUCCUCUGUGAUACACGACCUUCUCAGGGAAACUUGUGGCCUCCGCGUAACAGUAGGAAAGUGUUCCUACUGAGUCUCACACAUGUUUGAAUGUGUAAGAAUUGUUCAGAUUUGGGAAUAAAGACAGAUCAUACCUAAAACUGCUCUUCUACUUCUCUUAAGGGCAGAAGGAGCUGUGAACAUUCUCCGGACACCAGAUAUUUGAAUCAUAUUAUCAUUAAUAAAUUUUUAUGAUGCUGACAAACGCUAGACUAAUGAAUAGGGUUGGAGUAGACCAUGUUUCAUUAGUUUAUCCACAGGAAUUUAAAAGUGAUUCUGGAUUCUUUUUAACUAGGAUAUUCAUUUAUUUUCAUUUUAAUCAGAAAAGUAUAUGGGAGCAAAAAUAUUUGAAGCCCUAUUUUUAUCUCUUCUAUACACCCCCUCAAAAGCUUACUAUGUUUUAAUUGUCACUGGGUUUCUUCAGAUUUAAUGAUUCUUUCAGGUUAAACUUUAAGGGACCAUCUGUAUGGAGUGUAUCUACCCUUUAUAAAAUUUUAUUCUACAUUUGUACCAAAAAAGAAAAAUAUUCCAAUCUGAUCACUGAUAAUAUAGGUUGAAGAUAACUCCAAUAAUUGUUACUUUAUACUGUUAAAAGUGUGCCUUGUCUUAGUUAAACUUCAUGGGGCUUGUCAAUUCAUGCAAGAUAGCAUUUUUCAUCCAAAUGAUAGGAAUGUUUUCCUCUAUAGACAAAAAUCACCCUACUAGCAACAGAGCUGUCCUGUUCUGAGAUGUUCAUUCUGAAGUUCCGUUGAUUUGAAGAGAAUGUAUUACCAUCAUUUAUUAUCUUCUUAAUACUCAUGAUAAAUGAACUUGAUUGUCUUCACUUUGUAGACUAUAUAUACUGUUCAGCACCAACCUGUGAAUGUUCAAAAGCUACAUUCAUUUUUUAGGCUACUUGAAUCUGAUUUAAGUGUUAUAUUAAUACACCAAAAGUCUGUAUUUGUCCUUCACAUUCCACUUGUUCUUCAAUAGCAUAGGGGCCCCAAACCUUCAGAUAAUACAACUUGCAUCUGGAAAUUAUUUACUAAUUUAGAAAGUUUCGUUGAUUUUUAGUCCCACAGAUCCCUGAGGUUAUAUACAUUUUUUCCCCCAGUCUCUUUUUUCUCUUUUUCAGAUUGGGCAAUUUCUAUUGUUCUGUCUUCAGUUUCACAGAUUCUUUCCUCUAAUUCAUUUUGCUGUUGAGCCCAUUCAUUGAUUUUUAUAUUUCAGUUAUUGCAGGUUUUUUUGUUUCUAAAAUUUCCAUUUGAUUCUUCUUUGUAACUUUUAUUUCCUUGCUAAGAAUUUUUACCUCUUUGCUGAGACUUUCCACUUUUGCAUUUGUUUCAAACAUGUUCAUAAUUGCUUAUUGAAGCAUUAUGUUGGAUGUUGUAAAAUCCUUGUCAGAUAAUUCCUACAUGUGUUGUCUUUAUGUUGGCAUCUGUUAUCUUUUUUCAUUCAAAAAUAUUUUCCUGGUUCUUGUUGUAAUGAAUGAUUUUCAACUGAAACCUGGAUAUUUUAGGGAUUAUGUUUGAGACUGUGGAUCUCAUUUACACUUUCUGCUUUAGCUGACUUUAGCAGGGGAAUUGGGGGCACUAUCCUAUUAAUGCCACGUGUUAGAGUCCAGGUUUUUUCACCCUCUAUUGACACUUGGAGUCAGCAGAAACCCUUGUUGCUGGACAGAGUGGGAAUUCAGUAUCCUACUCUGUCUCCAUUGAUGUCUCCCUGCCUGGGAUGUGCUAGGCUCCUAAUUAGUGCUUCCACGGGGUCUGCACUGAUGCUGUGGACAGGGGUGGCAAGGAAAGCUUUUUUUUUUUUUUUAAUCACUAGUGGGAAUAAAAUCACCAGUUUCCUACUCAGCCAUCUCUGAUGUUCUCCUGGUAGAGAACUUGGGGCAACUCUUCACAGCCUGGCGAGCCCGUCUUUCCUGGCAUGGUGAUGUUUAGUUGGAGUGGAGUGGUUAUCGUUUUGUUUCUUGCUAGGCCGCUCCUCUUCUGGUCCUUUGGCUGGAGAGAUAGCAGGCCUUUCUUGGGGUUUCUUUUUGUCCUUACUUGUUGGAAUAUCCAGGUUGCUGACUUUUUUGGCAGCAAGUCUGGGAUAUAUGAACUAAAAGGAAGCCCAGGGGGACUCAUUGCAGUGUUGCUGCUUGGGUCUUGAGGUCCCUAGCCUGUCUGCCUUCUCUCCACCUUUUAGAAUCUUCCUAUCUUUUAUAUAUAAUAACAAAGCUUUUUAUCUGCACUUUGCAGAAGGAUAUCUACUUCUUUAUAGAAGUAUCUUACUGAUUUUUAUAUAUUCUUCAAAACACAUGCAGACACAGUUGCCUGUACAUAGAACAUCUUAGCAGAUCUUAAGUGGAUAGACGCCUUUCCCCUUUGCCAGACACCAGGAAUAACAGAAAAACACAAGUUACAGUCUUUUCAGUCUUGAAGAAAGGGAGGAGACAUCAGAAAUGUAAAUGAUCCCACGAGUGUGGUAAAUGUUCUAAAGGAGCCGUGGGGCAGGAAGGAGGCCCUGGUGCUCUUUGGCAGUGAGAGUGGGGGCUUACUAGAGGAGGGGACAGCUGGGCUCGGACUUGAGGGGUGAGUUAGAGCUCUUGAGGGGAAUGGGUGUGGGAAGGGCAUUUUAGCCUCCCUUGGAUGCAUACAUUUUGGGCAUUUUUCCAUUUACUGCUACUGCAGAUUAUUUUCUACAAGUGUCACUGUGACCAGUUUACCAUAAGCAGCUAUUUCAUUUUUUUGUUGUUGACCUCCUGUUCUUAAAGGAAAUGUCAGAAUAUAAAUUCUGCGCUGACUCUUUAAAGGGAAAGGCAAGCACACCUGUUCAUACUUAGUUUGCACUUGCUCUUAUACAGCAUUCUUUUUUUUUUUUUCUUCUUGUCUGGAAAGAGACCCUUUCUUCUACUCUUUAAUCAACUUAAAACAUACGAUUAGUCUCCAGUUUGAAUGCUAAAUUCACAUGAUCAUGUAUGAAAAUGUUUUUAUCUUACUUUUCUCAAUAAAGGCUAUCCUUUCCUUUCAAAUGAA